AAGUAAGGUAUAUAUACAUGUCUCUCUCUGUGCUCUUCCAAAUAUGCCUUUUUGUGUUUUCACAUAUCUUGCCUUUUACAUAUUCCUUACAUAUUUCUAAUGUAUUCCAUUCAAAUAUUCUUCAUCCAUGAUUUACUUCCUUAUUAAUAAAAGCAACAUUUCUUGAUUUUUCUAACUUUACAGCUCUCCAUGGUUCAGGAGUCACAGACAUCUCGGAUCACGCAUAUACAAGUUCGAGUUGAUUGUAACGGAUGUGCGCAGAAGAUCAAGAAAGCACUCAAUGACAUCAAUGGUAUACAUGAUCUUCGUAUCGACUUGGAUCGACAAAGGCUAACAAUUAUUGGAUGGGCAGAUCCAGAAAAAAUUGUCAAAGCAAUUAAGAACAAGGCAAGGAAGAAUGCCACCAUUAUUUGUUCUAAUAUUGAAAAAUCUUCAUCUAAAGCAACAAAACCAAAACCAAAACCAAAACCAAAAGAAAAUGCACCAGACCUAGAUGAUGCAACGGCGCAGCCGAUUCCAAAGGAAGGUCCACAAGCUCACAGAACCUCCUUUCCUGAACCAAUGCUCGAGGCAACACCGUCAUCGCCAACACCUACAUGGCACAAUGCUAGACAACAGUGGCAGAACAAACCAGAAACUGAAGAUGUAGAACAGGAUCAUAUGACACACCAUCAUCAACCAACAUGGCUGAACUAUGUCAACAGGUUCAGUUCUGGCAACAACUAUGUUGAACAGAGGGACAGACGCAACAAUAAUGGCCCUGGAUUUCUACAGGAGUCAUCCCGAUUCCAACCAUUGAAUGUCAUGCAUAGUUAUAAUACAUACAUGCCAUCUUCUUAUGUUACUGAAUAUGAAUGUGUGAGAUCACCAUCAUGGCACACACAAUACAGCUAUAUGGAACACUACAGUGGAGAUUACAAUAACAACAAUGUAGACAUAGCAGCCAUGUUCAGCGAUGACAAUCCAAAUGCAUGUACAAUAGUCUAGUAUAGUGUUAAACAUAUAGAAGAGAGACACUACAUGAAAAGUAAGGGUUUAAUUUACUUUCCAAUACUGUAACAUAAUAACACUAGAAAUUUAGGUUGAAAAUAAAAAUAGUAUUAAAUUGUCAUGAGAAUGGAAACAAGAAUAAUAUUCCUAUCUUCCAGGCUGCA